GUGUGUCCGAGUCUGACUCGAGGUUUCAUCGGGAGAUGUUACUACACCUACCGCGCUCCACCAUGAAGCGGACCGUCCUCGCCCUCAAGUUGAUUCUAUUCACCUCAUGUGCUAUGUUGUACCUAUUCACUCUCGAUUUCAAGGACAAUCGAAUGGUAGACAUAGAGCACAACGAUAAUAUUAUUGUGGUGGACACGGAGGGACAAACCAGGAAGGGGAGGAAGGGGAUGGAUUUUAUGUAUAUCGAUACAGAAGACGCACAAAAAACAAAAUCUCUGUCAAUGCUAUCGGGCCGUGUGUUGAAUAGCGUUAAUGCACUAGUCUUACAACCGUGGGCGGAAUCGGACAAGUCCAUUGACGCCGAAGCCGACAGAUUUCUUACAUAUAUCACUACCAUACAGAUGAAUUGUCGUAAUAUCAUAGACAUUGGUUACGUCAUUCCCUCGACGACUAACUCGUCAUGGCCAUGGAGGGUGUGCUACGAUUCUAAUCACGUGGGACGCGAGUACCAAUCAGAGGACAUGAGCUGUUUAGUGUAUUCGUUUGGUACAAACCCGCAAGAUCGAACUUUUGACCUGGAACUCCUGGAUCGAGGUUGCGAGGUGCACGUGUUCAGCCCCACCACAAAGACUGUCGGAAAAUCUGCUUCGAACGAGAGAAUGGUUUUCCACAAAACGUCUUUAGAUUGGCGUGACACGAUGAUGAAUCCACACGUCGCGAGUAGCUGGAGAACAAGACGAUUAUCUGGAAUUAUGUCAGAUUUAGGUCAUACUGAGAUCGACAUUCUCCGAGCAAACUUAGAAAGUUCAGAAUGGAAAGUAUUAGAGAAUAUCGUCGCUGAGGGCACAAGUCAACGAAUUCAACAACUUAUAAUCAAAAUCCAUCUACACUGGGGUGGUUUUGAAGUGACAGGAAGUGACGCGGAUGUCGUCAGAUUUUGGUACAGCGUUUUCAAACAGCUGGAAAACAGCGGAUUUAGGCUGUUUUCGUCUGUGAAGGACACGCGAGCGCAGCAGAAGUUUCUUGGGCACGAGAGAUACAACGCCAGUUCUGUGUACACGCUAUCGUGGUUAAAUACUCGAUGGACAGCUUAUGGAGAGUAUGGCUAGUGUAUUAGAAGAUAUGCCAGGCAAUGAACCGAGUACAAGACACUAAACAGAAGUUUUAUCAGAGUCAUUUUAUUUUUUGCUUUAAAUACGACUAGAAAUAUCUCCAACUAGUGUUCUACAGUGAGGGUUUUCAUUUGAAUAAUGCAAUUAUUUGAUCAAAAAAAAAAGAUAUAAAAACCGAAAAAGCCUUUCCUUCAUAUCAACGAGUGGUCCAUUCGUUGAAUCGACUAACAUUUGCCAUUCAUACAGCAAUAAGGGAAUUAAGAUCGUUGUCAAUUGCCUUGAAUACCACCAAGCCCAUACAACAAUGAGAAGAACUAACAGAAAAUCAGACAAUUUCCCUAUGUCGCACAGAUUUCUGGAUACAUGGGGCGACGCCAAAUUAACCUUAUUUUCAAGUUUCUCUGUUUUUUGCAUUUUGUAUUUCUCGGCACAUCGCAAGACCUCCAGUACCUGGUGUAUAUGGAGGAAACUCAAACUUGGUCUCCGGCAUGGCCGCAGCAUCUGAUCAACGACGUGUUAAAUGACGUAGAAGCCUACGUCACUGUUUUCAACCA